GUGUCCUUCGAGGACCCCGGCGAAGCGAGCACCGCGUUCACCAGCGCCCUGGCGCACGUAUCUGCGGACAUGACGCUGCCAGCGGCGCGCGGCGACUGGACAGAACUGACCCCCGCCGCUGGGUCCGACGGGGAGACGGACGGCGCGGGGGAGGAG